AUGAGCGCCAACCCGCAGUGGGACGUCAGCCGGGCGCUGGGCGUGGCCGGGCUCUUCCACUUGGUGUGUGGGCUCCGGGACGCCUCGGUGGCCCCGUUCCUGACCCUCUACCUGAGGCAGCUGGGCCUGGCGGCGCCCUGGGUGGGCAUCCUGAUGGGCAGCAAGCACCUGGCGGCCGCCGUCUGGGCGCCCUGCUGCGCCCUCCUGGCCCAGAGCCACCGGAGGCGGAGGCUGCGGCUGCUGCUCGCGGGCUCGCUGCUGGGCUCGGCGGGAGCCAGCCUGCUGGUGCUGCUGGUGCCGCCGCUGGACCGAGGCCCGGGGCUCCGCUCCUGCCAAGCAGGCCCCGGCGAGACCCCCGCAACCCCGCCAGCGGAGGCGGCGCUGGCCGUGAACUUGACCUUGGCCCAGGAGCCGGGCUCCAGCUCCAGCCGCCCAGCCCAGAGGAGUGCUGGCAUCGGCCACGCCUCCGGCUUCAGCAAAGGACCCGCAAAGGCAAGUGUCCCAGCGCCUUCCAGCCAUCUGCCCGGAAAGUCUGUGGGCUCCUCCGGGGAAGGAGCCUGGACCACACCCGGAGUCCUCCAUCCUGUUCCGGCAGAGAGGGAAGCUUCUCCCUGGGAAGGUGCCUUCCAAGGGGUCAGCACCGCCCUCCCUCCGCUCGCUGGGGGCCCAGCCAAUGCGUCCUCCACCAAGGGGGACUCGGGGACCCUGGGCCUGUCCCUGGAAGGGCUGCGGUGGGCUUUCAUCCCCUGCCUGGUGUCCUUGGUGUUCUGGGAGCUGCUGGCGGCCCCUCUGGAGCAGGUGGCGGACGACAGCCUCUUCGAGUACCUGGACGUUGUGGACGCCACGGACCGGCACCGAGACCUUUGGGUCUGGAAGCUGCUGGGCACGGCGGUGGGCGCGUGCGGCACGGCGGCCCUGGUGGAGCAGCUGGGCUGCUCCCCGAAGACCGGCGGCCCCCGGGGCGCGGUGUCCUUCUACGGCUACGCGCUGCUCAGCGUCCUGGCCUUGCCCGUGAGCUCCAUGUUCCCCGUCCCCGUUGGCAGGCGCCGGGAGCGAAGCUACAAAACCAGCAAAGCGCUGUCUCUGGUGGAGGGCGACCCCCGCCUCAUCCUCCUGGCCAUCACGGUCUUCCUGGUAGGAGCCGUCACCAGCACCGUCCAGAACUUUCUGUUCUGGCACAUGCAAGACCACGGCAGCAGCGAGCUGGUGAUGGGUGCCUCCGUGGCCCUGGGCUUGCUAGGGGAGGUUCUGCUGCACCCAUUCAGAACCGGGCUGCUUAGGAAACUGUCCAGGCUGGGGGCCAUCGGGCUGGGGCUGGGCUGCCUGGCGGGGCAGCUGCUGUACUACUCCUUCCUCUGGAGCUGGUGGGCCGUCCUCCCCGCGCAGGUCCUGAGCGCCCUCAGCCACGGGGCCCUGUGGUGGGCCGUGGGCGCUUCCCUGGAGGACCUGGCCACCCCCGGGAUGGAGAGGCCUCUGAGGGCCAUGUUCCAAGGCCACUUCUACACGGUUGGGACCAGCCUGGGCAGCUUCGUGGCGGGCUUCGUGGUGAGGCGCUUCGGCCUGGCGGUGCUCUACCAGGCCAGCUGCACGGUCCUGGGGCUCUGGCUGGCCCUCUUCCUGUCUGUCCAGCCCAGACUGCCGGAGGAGCAGAAGGUCAGCUACUCGAAGCUGCUGGUGGUGGAGGCGAGUGACACGAGCGACUCCGAGCAGGGGACUGAACGGGACUGGCUGGUAAAGGCCAGUCUGGGAAGGAGCCAAAGGACUGGACAGAGCUCAGCCUGCUGA